UAAAACCAAGCGAUUUCUUCGCUGUGGUAGUUUAAUUAUAAGUUUAACAAUUUAUGUGUAUAAUAUAUGCUUAAAGUAAAACAGUGACAUGGCCACGGAAACUGCAGCCAUGGAUUGUGCCGAAGACACUGAAACAACAUCAAAGGAGGUUCCUGCACCGCCUGCAGCGGAGGAACAAGAAGCCGGGUCGCUGGAGCUGCCGGCAGAAGAAAAAAGUGCCGAGUCCCCUGUGCCAGUGGAAAAGGAAGAAGCCGAUAUAGAAAUGGAGGAUCUAACCCUUGACGACACCGAUCCCAGUAAUAAGGACUUGCCCAGUGAGGAGUCAAGGGAAGUGCAAAGUGAGGAGCCAAAGAACCUGCCCAGUGAGGAGCUAAAGGAAAUGCCAACUGAGGAGCCAGAGAAAGAUACCACUGAGGAGUCAGAGAAAGAUACCACUGAGGAGCCAAUGAAAGAUUCCACUGUGGAGCCACAGAAAGUAUCCAAUGAAGAACCGAAGAAAGUGUCCACUGAGGAACCCAAGGAAGUUUGUAAUAAGUCAGAAGAGCCAAAGGAAGAGGAAAAGGAAGUUAUCAACAUUGAUUUAGCCAGUAGUCCAGUGCCCGCGCCUUUGGAUGAAGCUGCACCAAAACCAGAUCCAGCUGAGGAUACCGACAGCAGCGUUGAGCUUAUCGAUAGUCCUGUAAAGUCUGCCUCGUCCAACGAAGUUGCCGAGGAGCAGGUCCAACCAGACGGUGUCGAUGGUGCACCAGCUGUGGAGGCUAGGCCAGAUUCUGAAGAGCCUGUUGAGACCGACAGCAAGGAAGCUGAUGAACAGGCGGACAGUAGCAUCGAACUAAUCAGCAGUCCCACUCCAGAUGCCUCUCCUGCCAAAAAAGAAGGCGAAGGAGCAAAGGAGUCGAACAAGCAGGAGCAAGAAACAGCUUCGGAGGAAGGGAUCAUGGAAGUGGAUCAGGAAGACGCAUUAAAAACUCCAGCAGACAAAUCGAAGGAGAAGGAAAAUAGCUCUGAGGAGCCCACUAAAGAUGGCAAUGAUUCCCUAGAAAAAGAAAAACCCGAGCUGACGGCAGACAAACUCGAUACACCCAUGGAAACCGAAGAAGCACCUGUCAUCGCAGAUGGAAACGAGGUUGCCCUCGAAGUGGAGCUGGAGAAGGCAACGGAGCAAAAAGCUCCCGAGAACGACGAACCCUUGCCUGCGGAUGGAGACAUUUUCUAUGGGAAGGACUGCAUCAACUACAACUGCGAAAGGCUGCACAAACAGUUUGUGCUGGCCAACAUGGCUUUCUUGAACUUCUACAAUGUGACCCAAAAGGGCUACAGACAGCAGUUCGUAUGCAUGGAAUGCUACGACGCGGCCAUGGACGUCUACGAGGAAUUUGCGGGACAGUUGAUGGCCAAACAGCCGCUACUGCUGAAGGAUUUCCGCCAGGAUCAUGCCGAUUUCGUGGCCCUAGACAGCAGUGAUGAGGAAGAGGAGGAAAAACGGCCAGAGAAAACGGAAUUUUCCAAAAACGACCUGAACCUAAUCGAAAGUGAGCUGGAAGAUGCCAUCAAGAGUGUGCUGAGCAAAGUCGAGUUCCAAAAUCAACUGGCCUGGUCAAAGACCAUACUGAAGGCCAAGGCGGAUCGUUUGGAGAGCCAGUUCGCCCUCGUAGAUGCGGAACUCGAAAGUGUCCAGAGCACGGCGGACCAGAUGCACACCGCCUUGUACAGCUCCUGCGCUGUGGUGCAUAAGCAUAUGCCAGCCCUGGACAUCCAGCACAGCAUGAGUGACUACAUGCAGCAAGUGCCGCCGGCGGGUGAAAUCGUUCGUCCACCAAUCGAAUUGAACGAGACCUAUUAUGCUGUGAAAAACAAGGCCAUUGCCAGCUGGGUGUCCAUCAAGGUGAUCGAGUUCACCGAGAGCACAGCCAUUAAUGGCAACACCAUGAAGAGCUACAAGAUUAAGUAUCUGAAUACGCCCUAUCAGAUGAUCAAGACGGUGACGGCCAAGCACAUAGCCUACUUCGAGCCGCCGCCAGUGCGCCUGACCAUUGGCACUCGAGUGAUUGCCUACUUUGACGGCACCACCCUGUCACGGGGUAAGGACUCUGGCACUGUGCAGAGUGCCUUCUAUCCGGGCAUCAUUGCUGAACCCUUGAAGCAGGCCAAUAAGCUACGGUAUCUGAUUUUCUACGACGACGGCUAUACCCAGUAUGUGCCGCAUCGAGAUGUCCGGUUGGUUUGCCAGGCCUCGGAGAAGGUGUGGGAGGAUGUGCAUCCCGCUUCCCGAGACUUUAUCCAAAAGUACGUAGAAAAGUACUCGGUGGACCGGCCUAUGGUGCAGUGUACUCGAGGCCAGAGCAUGAAUACAGAGUCCAAUGGUACCUGGCUAUAUGCCCGCGUCAUUGACAUUGACUGCAGCCUGGUCCUGAUGCAGUUCGAGGGAGAUAAGAAUCACACCGAGUGGAUCUAUAGGGGCUCGCUACGAUUGGGCCCAGUGUUUAAGGAAACACAGAAUGCCAUGAACAGUUCUCAUGCCCAGCAGAUGCGUGUGCCCAGGCGAACGGAGCCCUUUAUACGCUAUACGAAGGAGAUGGAGUCGAGCAGCCAGCAGGUUAAUCGGCAGAUGCGCGCCAUUGCCCGCAAGAGCAGUGCUUCCAUCCAGAGUGUGUCCUCGCCCUCAGCUUCAUCCUCGAUGACCUCCUCGCCCGCAGUUUCUGCUGCCGCUGGCAGCCGCACCGGAGUGGCCAACACCGUUAAGCAUCUCAACAACUCCACCAUUUAUGUGGAUGACGAGAACAGGCCCAAGGGGCAUGUCGUCUAUUUCACAGCCAAACGGAAUCUGCCGCCCAAGAUAUACAAGCAUCACAAAUGCAACCCCAACUGUUUGUUUAAAAUCGUUCACCGCCUGGACAGCUACAGUCCGCUGGCUAAGCCACUCCUCUCCGGCUGGGAACGUUUAGUGUUGCGCCAGAAGACCAAGAAAAACGUCGUCUACCGAGGUCCCUGUGGCAAGAGCCUGCGCAACCUGGCCGAAGUGCACAUGUAUCUGCGCACCACAGAGAAUGUACUAAAUGUGGAUAACUUUGAUUUCACGCCCGACCUGCGCUGCCUGGCGGAGUAUUCAAUCGAUCCGUCGAUCGUCAAGGAGGCGGACAUCUCCAAGGGGCAGGAGAAGAUGGCCAUUCCGCUGGUUAACUACUACGACAACACGCUGCCGCCGCCCUGUACCUACGCCAAGCAGCGGAUACCAACAGAGGGGGUUCAUUUGAACCUGGACGAGGAGUUCCUCGUGGGCUGCGACUGCGACGAUGAUUGCUCGGACAAGUCCAAGUGCGCCUGCUGGCAACUGACCGUGGCCGGCGUAAGGUACUGCAACCCAAAGAAGCCCAUUGAGGAGAUCGGCUAUCAGUACAAGCGACUGCAUGAGCAUGUGUCCACCGGCAUCUACGAGUGCAACUCGCGAUGCAAGUGCCGCAAGAACUGCCUCAAUCGCGUGGUGCAGUUCUCGCUUGAGAUGAAACUGCAGGUGUUCAAGACCUCUAAUCGCGGCUGGGGCCUGCGCUGUGUAAACGACAUUCCCAAGGGAGCCUUUAUUUGCAUCUAUGCCGGACACCUGCUCUCGGAAACUGUGGCCAACCAGGGCGGUCAAGAUGAUGAGUACUAUGCAGAUCUCGACUACAUUGAGGUGGCCGAGCAGCUAAAGGAGGGCUACGAGUCGGAGGUAGAGCCGCCUUCGGAGCCGGAACCGGACGAUGAGACGUACGGCCCGGAUCCCGAGGAUAAUGAUGACGACUUCCGGCCCAAUUACCACUAUCAGCGCAAGAACAAGCGCGCCUCUAGAAACAGCAGCGAGCAGGACUCACAGGAGCGGGCGGUAAUCAAUUUUAAUCCUAAUGCCGAUCUGGAUGAGACGGUACGUGAGAACUCGGUGCGGCGGCUGUUCGGCAAGGACGAGGCACCCUACAUCAUGGAUGCCAAGACUACCGGCAACCUUGGGCGUUACUUCAACCAUUCGUGCAACCCGAAUCUCUUCGUGCAGAACGUCUUUGUGGACACCCACGACCUCCGCUUUCCCUGGGUGGCCUUUUUCUCUGCCUCGCACAUCCGCUCUGGCACCGAGCUGACCUGGAACUACAACUACGAGGUGGGCGUGGUGCCUGGCAAAGUGCUGUAUUGCCAGUGCGGUGCUCCCAAUUGUCGCAUUCGUUUGCUUUAAAUUAUGUAGUUUUAAGCUCAAAGAGAUGGUUUGCCCAAAUAAAUAAAGUGAAAAUAUUUUAAAAUGGUUAAAAA